AUGGCUGCCAAGGUCGAUGCCCCCGCGCCCCAGCUCAGCGGGCUGGGUCUCUACUCCCGCUUCGCCUUCGCCGGCGCUAUUUGCUGCUCGGUCACCCACGGUGCUCUCACUCCCGUCGAUGUCGUGAAGACCCGCAUUCAGCUCGACCCCGUCACCUACAACAAUGGCAUGAUCGGUGGUUUCAAGAAGGUAGUCCAGUCUGAGGGCGCUGGCGCUCUUUUGACCGGUGUCGGCCCGACCUUCGCCGGUUACUUCCUCCAGGGUGCCUUCAAGUUCGGCGGUUACGAGUUUUUCAAGCAGCAGUCGAUCAACAUCCUCGGCCUCGAGAACGCCUCCCAGUACCGCACUGGUGUCUACCUCGCCUCGUCCGCCGCCGCCGAGUUCUUCGCCGAUAUUGCCCUCUGCCCCUUGGAGGCCACCCGUAUCCGUCUCGUCUCGGAGCCCACCUAUGCCAGCGGCCUUGUGAGCGGCUUCGGCAAGAUGCUCAAGCAAGAGGGUGUUGGCGCUUUCUACGCCGGUUUCGGUCCUAUCCUGUUCAAGCAGAUCCCCUACACUAUGGCCAAGUUCGUCGUGUACGAGAAGGUCGCCGAGGCUGUCUUCCGUGUCUUCCCCAAGAAGGACCUGUCCGACGGCCAGCAGACCAUUGUCAACCUUGGCAGCGGUCUCAUCGCCGGUUUCGCUGCCGCCAUCGUCUCCCAGCCCGCCGACACCAUGCUCAGCAAGAUCAACAAGACCAAGGGCCUCCCCGGUGAGGGCACUACCUCUCGCCUGAUCAAGAUCGCCAAGGAGCUCGGCCUCCGCGGCUCGUACGCCGGUAUUGGUGCGCGUCUCUUCAUGGUUGGUACUCUGACCGCUGGCCAGUUCGCCAUCUACGGUGACGUCAAGAAGAUGCUUGGUGCCACCGGCGGUGUUGAGAUCAGCAAAUAA